AAAACCCUUUUAAUUUUUGGGGCCGAGACUUUAUUGCCGACUACGAGGGGGAGGGGGAGCGAGAGAGAGAGAGAGAGAGAGAGAGAGAGAAGGUAGAAGACGAUAAUGUCAGGAAUCGCUCGUGGAAGACUCGCAGAAGAGAGGAAAGCUUGGCGCAAGAAUCAUCCUCAUGGUUUUGUGGCGAAGCCCGAGACUUUGCCCGACGGAUCGGUGAAUCUCAUGGUCUGGCACUGUACGAUCCCCGGGAAGCAAGGGACUGAUUGGGAAGGCGGUUAUUUCCCCCUUACUCUUCACUUCAGCGAGGAUUACCCGAGCAAACCACCCAAGUGCAAAUUCCCUCAAGGCUUCUUCCACCCAAAUGUCUACCCUUCUGGAACAGUAUGCCUGUCAAUUCUUAAUGAGGACAGCGGAUGGAGACCAGCUAUUACUGUGAAGCAGAUUCUUGUGGGGAUUCAAGACCUGCUCGAUCAGCCAAAUCCUGCUGAUCCUGCCCAGACUGACGGUUACCACCUCUUCAUUCAGGAACCAGCGGAAUACAAGAGACGGGUGAGGCAACAGGCGAAGCAGUACCCCCCACUGGUUUGAUUGCUUAUUGCAUGUUUUAAUAUUAUCUGACGAAGCUGGCAACUUCCUUAAAAAUACUAAAAAAAAACUUUUGGCUUGGCGUGUGCGUGUUAUGUCAUUCUCAAUUGUGAAUGCAGUGCAUCUGAUAUAUGUGACAGAAACUGAAGCUGCAACUGUUUCUAUCUUAAUAACUUCAUCUUCUUGUUAACAGAUACUUGUUUAUAUAGCGUGGAGUUUGGUGUUUGUCUCUA